UGGCCGGCGUCGCGCGAGAGCUCUGCCUCGGUCGCCCACCUUUUGUGAGGCUGUCUGGGCAAGAGCGCGGCGGGGUCGCGCGGACGCUCGGGUGGGAGGAGAGAGAAGAACAAGCGAAGAAAGGGCAGAAAGGGAUGGAAGCGGGGGGCGAAAAGGCGGCGAGCGGUUAGCAGAGAGAGAGAAAGGAGCCACGACGGAGGGCCGGCUAGCCGGGCGGCGCACGAGCGUGGACGGCUUGCCAACGAGACACUCAAAACAAGGAGACUCCGAUGAUGACAACCGGGAUUUGGACGCGAGUUCGGCGGGAUUAACGCAAGACUGAGGACGCAGAGGAACCAUGUCUACCGCCUUGUCUCAGCAACUGCCAAAGCAGGACAAAGAGGCGGAGGAGGAGGAAGAGGACGAGGAGCAAGGCGAAGAGUUUGUCUUUGACGACAGCGAGGAGGAGGAGGCGGAGAAGCCCCCAGAGGACGGCCGAGGGGUCGCAGGCGACUCGCUUCGAUUGUCAAAGCCGGAAAUCCCAAAGACGUGCGAGGACGCGUCGGAGGCUGUCAAAGACGUCACGCCACAGGAAGGAAGUGCCAACAAGGAUGAUGUUGCAGUCGCCGAACUGGACAGCGGGAUCCCCGCGGCAGCCCAUCUAAUAAUGGCGGACGGCGAUCCAGGAGGCGGAGAUGCGGAAACGGCGAAAGAAAGCUCUGGGGACGUCCCUGAAGCCUCAGAUGACGUCAUCUAUGACGACGUCCCGAGCGAGGAGCCCCUCUCCCCCGAUGAAGAUACGCUGUACGAGGACGUCCAGCGGGACUCGUGCGGCCCGCCUGUUGCAGGCAACGGGUGGAGCUCCAGCGAGUUUGAGAGCUACGACGAGCAGUCGGACGGCGAGAGCAAGGUGCCCACACGCAGCAAGCUGUCCCCCGAAGUGCGGCGGUUGAGGGAACGCUGCGCCAGGACCAAGCGUGAGCUGGCUAUGAAGCUGUCUGGCAAGCACAACUAUGACAUCAAGGUGCAGCAGCUCAUGAAGGCGGCCAGAAGCAACACCAAGGAUGGACUCGAAAAGACCAGAAUGGCCGUUCUACGUAAAGUCCCCUUCCUUCACCGGAAAGACACCAUCGAGGAGGAAGACGACGCGGGCUACCUGGACGUUGCGAUAUCCGACGUGACGCAUCCGCCGCCGCAGCUGAGCACCAUGCCCGAGGGCCUGACCAGCCACCAGGUUGUCAGGCGCCACAUCCUCGGCUCCAUCAUCCAGAGCGAGCGCAGCUAUCUGGAGUCCCUCCGGAGGAUCCUGCAGGAAUACCACAGACCUCUGCUGGAGGCCGAGCCCCGCAUCCUGAGCCCGCGCAAGAUCCGGCCCAUAUUCUACAGAGUCCGGGAGAUCACGCAUUGCCACGCCAUGUUCCAAAUUGCGCUGGCGUCGCGCGUGGCCGAGUGGGACAGCUGCGAGAAAAUCGGAGACUUAUUCGUCGCCUCGUUCUCCAAGUCCAUGGUGCUGGACGUGUACAGCGACUACGUGAACAACUUCACCAACGCCAUGGCGCUCAUCAAAAAGGCCUGCCUGUCCAAACCGGCCUUUCUGGAAUUCCUAAAGAAGAAGCAGGCCUCCAGCUUGGACCGCAUUACUCUCUACGGUCUGAUGGUGAAGCCCAUCCAGCGCUUCCCGCAGUUCAUAUUGCUCCUUCAGGACAUGCUGAAGAACACGCCCAAGGGCCACGUGGACCGCCUGCCCCUGCAGCUCGCCCUCACUGAGCUGGAGACGCUUGCCGAGAAGCUGAACGAGCAGAAGCGGGUCGCCGACCAGAUAGCGGAGACCCAGCAGCUCGCGCGCAGCGUCAGCGAUCGUCUUCUCAGUAAGCAGCUGAACCUGGAGCAGGGGUCUCUGGUCCAGUGCGAGACGCUCAUCGAGACCGUGUACGGGGAGCGGGGACAAGUCCUCAAGUCCAAGGAGCGCAAGGUCUUCCUCUUCGACGACGUCUUAAUCUGCGCCAACAUAAAUGUCAAGGGGUCUCCGGAUAUCAGCAGCCUGGUCCCGGUCGGCCCGAAGUACACCAUGAAGUGGAGUGGCCCCUUGCAGCAAGUGCAGGUGGUGGAGGUGGGCCAGGAAGGUUGCCAGGGUAAAGACGCCGUCUUCCAGCAAGGUGCGAGCAAGCGGCAAGGUGGCGGACAAGCCUCAGGUAAAUCCAUUCUGGGUCCUCCACGGCUCUACCAAGAACUGCAGGAGCUCCAACAUGACCUUUGUGUGGUGGAGGAUGUGACACUGCUGGUGGGCACCCUGGAGGGGACGUACCAGAACCUGAACACCACAGUGGCCCAGGACUGGUGUCUGGCUCUGCAGAGGCUCAUCCGGAUCAAAGAGGAGCAGAUCCAGUGUGCCAACAAAUGCCGCUUACGCCUGCAGGUGCCCGGCAGGCCAGACAAGUCCGGUCGGCCCGUCAGCUUCAUGGUGGUCUUCAACACUCCGAAUCCCGUCAGCAAGAUCUCGUGGGUCAACCGACUGCACUUGGCCAAGAUUGCACAACGCGAGGAAAAUUCACCCGGCUGGCUCUACGGCGAGCACGAGGGCAGGACGACGGCGCCGUUUUGGUGCCCGCUGCUGGCCUGCCACAUGCCCGUUUUUGCUUCCAAGUCCCCCGGGAGAAAGCUUGAAGCUGCCAUCCACAAUCCUGUUCACUGUGCAAUGUUGGGCUUCUCGGCAGCCAGCACAUCCUUACCUCAAGGCUUUCUCUGGGUGGCGGCCAGCGGGGAGGAAGCCUCUCAGGGCCAGAUCGAGAUCUUCUCCCUCAACAGGCCCGUGCCGAGGGCCGUGAAGAGCCUGCCGGUGGACGCCGCCGUCCGCUGUCUGGAAUACGUACCGGAGGCUUCUCUCGCCGAGGAGGCGGAUGCCGGCGGCGCUCACAGGGUCCCGCCGGGGAGCGGCGCCAGGAUCUGCGUCGGAUUAGAUGACGGACGGAUUCUGGUCUACGGCAGCGUGGACAGCGCGGCUCAGUGCCUCCUGACCCUCAGCAACCCCCAGGGCUGCCCCGUGCUGUGCCUGAAACACUCGCCGUGCUUCCUGUUCGCCGGUCUGCGCGACGGUACCUUGAUGGUUUAUGGGAAGAAAAAUGGCGAUGAUCUCUGGGAUCCGGAUUCCCGCAGAAGCGUAAACUUGGGUCCACAUCCGGUGCGGACCCUCUUGGUUCUGGACGAUUCGGUGUGGGCCAGCAGCGGGAACUUUGUCGCGGUGGUCGACAUCUGCAGCCUCAGCACUCAGAAACUGGAAGUCCACCCCGACCCGAUGGUGAGCGUGGCACACGUGGCGCGCGCCGGCGGCGGCGUGUGGAUGGCGUUCUCGGAGGGCUCAUCCAUCCGUCUCUUUCACACCGAGACGCUGGAGCUGCUGCAGGAGAUAAACGUCUCCACGCGCUCCACGCAGCUCAACACCAGUCCGGAGAGCAUGCGAGUCACCAGCCUGCUCAUCUGUCAAGGACUCUUGUGGGUCGGCACCGCCCAAGGCCUCAUCGUCACCCUGCCGGUUCCCAAACUGGAGGGAAUACCCAAAAUAACCGGAAAAGGCCGGAUCUCGCUGAACGGCCACUGCGGGCCGGUGGACUUCCUGGCGGCCAUCACCAGCACCCUGUCCCCGGAACUCCUGAAGAGGGACUCUGUGGCGGACGGACCGGACUCGGCGUGCGGCGGCGAGGAUCCCAGCGACGCCUCGUCACAGGAAUCCCUGCAGCAGCCUGCCGAGGGUCCGGUCCGCGGCCGGGGCGUCCUGCUGCGGUACAAGCUGCGGUCCACGUCGGGGCUGCCCGGGCGCCCGCUAACGGCGCUGGCCGACGAGGCCUCCGACUCGUCCCUGGAGUCCCUGGAGCACGGCGUGGAGGACGGCUCCAUCUACGAGCUCAGCGACGACCCCGACACGUGGGUGCGGGGGCGCCCCUCGGAGAAGGACGGCAGGGGCAAAGACAGGGUGGUCUCGGCCGCCGUCGUCUCCGGGGGCCGAGGGUUCCGGAGGCUCCGGGAGGGGGCGCCCGCGGGGCCUCGGACCGGCGGGGAGCCUUUAGAGAACGUUCUUUUGGUUUGGCAACUGCCGUUGACUGUGUAAUUUAGAACUACAACAAGCGAAAGCUCCGGUGCACUUGGGUAGAAUUCCAGGUGAAUACUUUGCCCACACAUCAUGGCAGGAAGGAUGUUGCCAUGACAAGGGAAGCACUUUGCCUCGUUUUUAAGGAUUUCGGAAUUCACAGAUAGUAGAACUGCCUGGCAAUGGCUAUUCCCGAAGCAAGAGGGUAGUGCCAAACGACAGGCCAUUUCCAAGUGAGCCGAGAAUUCCCAGAGGAACAAAAAUAAGAGCUACCGUAAUUCCCGGCCUCCAGAGCGGACCUGGAUAUAAGCCUCACCCAGUACAUUUGUAAAGAAAAUACCAUUUGGUACAUACAUAGGCCGCAGCCGUGUAAAAGCCGCAAGUGCCCAUAUUGAAACCGAUAUUGAAACAUGACAUAUUUACAAAGAAAGACGGUACACAGAGUUUAACGCCUGCGCCGCCACUCUAACACCGCUGCGCUAACGCUAGCCCCGCCACGCUAAUGUGAGCGCUACACUAACAUGGCCAGUUAAAAAAAUAUAUACUGGUAAAAAUCACUGAGACACGGCUAAAAAACGGUAGCGCAGCGCUAACGGGGCCGGAUCGGUAAAAGUCACUUCCUCGGCACAUAUAUCCCACCGGUCUCGCGCUUACAUUUUCCGCUCGAGUGCCCUCUUGCGGCUGUUAAAAAAAAAAACGCACAAAUUAGCCGCAUCACCGCAUAAGCCGCAGGGUUGAAAGGGUGUGAAAAAAGUUGCGUCUUAUAGGCCGGAAAUUACGGUAAUUAAAAAAAAACAAAAAAAAACCUGGGAAUCCCCAAAAUACAACGUCGCUACCAGAGUAACGGGAAUUUCCUAUAAGAAGAGUUACAUCACAACAGGAACAGAUCGCUCCCAAAAGAACUGAGUUCAUACAUUUCAAAAAAGGACACGUAAUUCACAAUAGAAAAGGCCAUUUCCAAAAUAAGAGGCCUUUCUAAAAAAAAUUGGUUAUUACCAGAAGAAUAGGUUAUUCCUCCAGAAAUAUGUAUAUCCACACUAACAGAAAAAUCAUCAAAUAACAGGUAAUCAACAUAUUCAAGACGAAUUGUAUUCUUAAACACCACGGCAAGACGCAAGUUGUGCUCAUAAGGGACGCAAUUUUUCGCACUUCUGAGCGCACAGACAUUAGAAUUGUCGAGCUUCGUUUGAUGGUUGACAAACAGCUGGAACUCUGCAUUACCGCCCCCUGCAGGACAGGAGAAGAAGAAUGCCAAACGUCGUUCACCGCCAAUCUUUUGCACUGGGCGGCACAUUUUGUGGCGUUUGGACCACCUGAAAAAAAAAAAAAAAGUGCACCCCCCCCCUCCCCCUUCAAGGGAGCCCAUCUGCCAGCGGACAUUAGCGCCGCUUCAUUGGCGCCGCCGGCUCCCGCUCACUGUGAACGUCUCGAGAUGGAACGUGCGGCCAUCUUCCUCGCGGCUGCUUGCACUUGCUGAUGAACAACCACUAAACAAACGAGCUAAACUUUGUUGCACAUUUUUUUUAACACUACUUUUUUUUCUAAACAUUUACGUGUCCAUUAGCGUGUAGCACUUGUUUUCAUCCGUGUCUUAACUCAUUUGGGUACGACGGAGUAUUGGAGCCACACGCAGAAGAAACAAGAAAUUAGGAUAUUAUGAGGAUAUGAGGGUCAUGCUUUAGGAAUGUAUUUUUUAUAUUUUAACCCCCCACCCCCCACCCCCCACUCCAUCAUUACGCAGUUUAAACGUCAACACUGGGCUUAAAUAGGAUGAACACAGCUACCGUAAUAACGAUUCCCAAAAUUGUACGGUACGGCACGGUGGGGCAGGUGGUAAAGCUUGGGCCUCACAGUUUCGAGGUACCGGGUUCGAUCCUGGCCCCACCUGUGUAGCGUUUGCAUGUUCUCCCCGUGCCUGCGUUUUUUUUCUCCGGGCACUCCGGUUUCCUCCCACAUCCCAAAAAACAUGCGACAUUAAUUGGACAACUCUAAAUUGCCCCUAGGUGUGAUUGUGAGUGUUCAGGGUGUAUCCCGCCUCCUGCCCGUUGACACCUGGGAUAGGCUCCAGCACUCCCCGCGACCCUUGUGAGGAUAAGCGGCAAAGAAAAUGGGUUUGUAUCCCUCAACUAAAGUCACGGCUUUAACCCCCAUGAGGAUAAGCAGUUCUGGCAAUGGAUGGUUGGAAUUGAACCUCUCCCAAAAUGUACCUGAAGAAAUAUUUCAAGACAAACUGUUGUUUAAUUCAAAUGUGUUGAACUCAAAAGCGAAAUACCAUCGAACAGUACUUGGGGAAAAGUGAUUCUUUCCUGGAUCAGUAGAGGGCGCCACACAGCACAACUUUGAAGGUCACUGCUUUUCAGAAUUAUUUCCAUUUUAGAGCACUAGAAUGAUUUGAAUGUAGUUUUUUUUUUUUACUUGCAUCUUUCUGAAUGAUGACUUUAUUCUCGAAAGAUACCACCCCCCCCAAUACUCCUUCGUACUCAUCAAUGUUGAAAGUACACUCUCUUCAUUUUUUCUCCUCCACAAUUUGCUUAAACAACGAUGGAAGUAAAUAUGUGCCACCGGGAUUCGAAUUUGAAAUGUAUAGUGAUGACAUUUUCAAUAGUUGUAUUUCAGUGUAUCUUUUCAACGUUAACAAUUCAACUGGCUACAAUUCGCUGUCUAAAAUUCGGCGUCUGUGCCACCAGGCAGGGUUACUUCAGGUCAGAACCAAACAGUCAGCCAAUCCAUUCUGAGUCACGUGACGGCACGUGACCUGAAGUAACCCUGCCUGGUGGCACAGACGGCAAAUUUCAGACAGCGAAUUGUAACCAGUUGAAUUGUUAACUUUGAAAAGUUACACUGCAAUCCAACUAUUGAAAAUGUGAUCGCAUAAUAUUUCAAAUUCAAAUCCUGUUUUCUGUGGCAUUUCAAAUUCAAAUCCCGGUGGCACAUAUUUACUUCCAAAAACAACCCAAAACUCCAUCCUGCAGGAAAGUCAUCAAGGGCUUCUUUUUUUUUUCCUUUAUUGUUGUACUGUAUGACUUAUUUCACACGUUAUUAGAAUGAAUGAAUGAAUAUCAGCCUCGCGUCACGAUUAUUUAUGUGUUUGUAUGUUUUCCUUGCACAUUACGGGCCUUUUUGCACCAAUCCAUGCAGCUGAAUAUUUUCUGUGAUGGAUGCCCGUUUUAGUUCAAUUGUAUGCCGAUGACAUUGCGGGAUCGCAUAAGGAGGGGGAAAAAAAUGUAAUCUGGGAGCUUUUAUUAUUAUUUUUUUCUUAAGGAAAAUUUUCUACAGAAAAACAUUUGUGGGAAUUUAAUUUUUAAACAAAUGAAUAUCAAAAUUAACCCACACAACCUCUUAAUUUAUUUUCUCAGAAAAAAAAUUUCCUACAAAAUGCAAGAAUUGUGACUCCCCUUUUAAAUCCUCCCCCCAAAAGUGUCGACUAUUUUUUUUUUUGUACAAAUAUUUCGUUUUUAUUUCAACAAUUUUUCCACCAGAAAUUUUCUCCCCCCCUUAAAAUUAAUUUUUUUCCUCCCCCAACAAUGUGAUCCAACACACGUCUCCAAAAUGUUGUGCUGUACUUUUUUUGCGGGGUUGAAAUGUGGACGUUCCGCCAUACUGGGUAGCUCGGCCGCAGUCCAUCCGAUUUCACAUUUUCAUAGUUUUGUUUUCCCGCUCAUAUUUGAUUGAUUUUUAUAUCUUCCCACGUAGACACACAGCAUCAGCAGUAGAAAACGCCGGUAAAGAUUCGUCCCGGCCGCCGUCGGCCUUCCCGGGGAAUAACGCGGCUGCGAGCCAAAGCCGGCCUUUCCGGCGAGGCGACCGACGGCGAAGGUUACGCCGCCGAGCGUCUCCGCCUCAAGUCUUUACUUAACCUUCCCGGCGCGCGGGGGCUUCCCGCCUUAUCCUCUUUCAUCAUCCCAUCUAUCCGCGGGAAUCGUUCCGCCGAGGAGACGACGCAAAGCCGCCCGCCCGGCUGUCAUCUAAAUGUAAAUGCGUGUCGCGAACGUCUGCGCGCAGAUUUACGUGCCGCGACGCCCUCGGCGUGGUCAGCGCGGGGGUGUUUUGGCUUCUCCGUGUUUGUUUUCCCCGCCGAUGAAAUAUGCAUGAUUCCGUAACAAUCGCGAGGAAUGCUACGACUGAAACUUGCGCUUAUCUGACCCAUCAGCGUGUCGCUGUUGGUCUUGCAAGUAUUUUGACCUUUGUGUUUUAGUUGCGAAACCCUCGCGUGUGCUGUACAUAAUACAGUAGUAGUGAUCGUUAAAGAUGGAACCGACUUAUUAGUAUUUCAUAUUUCUAAGCCGGCGGCAUGGUGGCUCCAGCUGGUAAAGCGUUGGCUUCACAGUUCUGAGGACCUGGAUUCAAUCCCAGCCCUCCUUGUGUGGAGUUUGCAUGUACUCCCCGUGCCUGCGUGGGUUUCCUCUGGGUACUCCGGUUUCCUCCCACAUCCCAAAAAACAUGCAAACUUAAUUGGACACUCUAAAUUGCCCCGAGGUGUGAUUAUGAGUGCGAUUGGUUGUUUGUCUCCAGUGCCCUGCGAUUGGCCGGCAACCAGUUCAGGGUGUACCCCGUCUCCUGCCCGUUGACAGCUGGGAUCAACUCCAGCACUCCCCGGGACCCUCGUGAGGAUAAGCGGCUAAGAAAAUGAAUGAAUGGAUGGAUGGAUGUUUCUAAGUCUAGUUGUUCAACUUUGCUGCGAUGCUCUACUCAGAACUGGAGCUAAAAACACGAAAGAUUUGCGUAUUUGAAAUGGUCGCUUCAAACCUAAAUGACUCCCCAACUCGCCGUGUAUUUUUUUUGUGGGUCUACAGUCACUGUGAUUUGACGGGCGCGUACGUGCGCGCGUGCCAUCGCACUCGCAAAUCUGCACCGUCCAGUGCAAAAAAAAUCACGCGUGUGAAAUUUGUUACAAGUGGAAAUACAUAGAUAUUGAAAGGCGUCCCUUAUUUUGUGUAGUCUUGAGCAAUGUUCCCUCUAAGCUGCGCAAUUGCGCACUUGUCGCACACUCGGCGCACAUGAAAACCGAUUCACCGCAGUGAACCACAGCCUGACGUCUUUUUUUUUUUUUUUUAAACUCGGAAGCAGACGGUCUCUGCUGCUCAGCUUACUUCUACUUCCUAGUUUACCUGACACCGCCCCCCUCCGCUCUUAAAAAGGUACACUCAUAAAUACAAACAGAACACACACCCGCAACUUUAUAUCUGCGGGCAUGACUGACCACACCCGUACAUUUUUCAAAUGUGAGUGACUGGGCCUAAUUUCAAAUUUCAAAGUGAAACCAGUUUCAGAACCUGAUUAAAAUAUAUAUAUAUAUAUAUCAUAACUUUUUAGUCUUGGAAUGGCUAAAAUGACCCUAAAACAACACAAAUUGCAGACUCCUUGUGUCUGUUUGGGUACAGUUUAAGAUUUUUUUUUUUGGGGGGGGGGGGUCUAGUCAUGAUAUACAAGCCGAGCAAAUUUCAUGUUGCAAUGUCAUUGUCAAAUAAUUCCUUUCAAUGAACACGGCAGCAGAACGGUGAGUUUGAGUACAGCAAUCGUAUCCGUUCCAUCGUGAGCUUAUUUGCCCUAAAAUUACAAUUAAAUGUAAUUAAAGCUGCGAGCAGCAAUGUACGGCCCCUAAUAAAAAUAAUAAUAUUAACAUGGCGGCUUUCUACGGACUGCACUGGUGUCAUUAAAGCAAAUUUGUU